UAUUUAUUUUUAGCUGAUACUCCCUUCGGAGAAGUGAAACUGGGAGAACUCCCAGCUUGGAUUUCUAGACGAGAGAAAGGACCACGACAGUUCUUAGGAUUAUGCUCCAGAGCAUUCUGGCGCUGGCAAAUGAAGUACAUUCACCCACGCAAGGCGAACAUGGCACCAAUUUGGCAAUUGUGUGCCGGAGGCAUGAUAUUAUUCUAUUCCCUUAACUAUCAGCGUCUCAGGGGACACAGGAAUUACGUGUAUCACUAAACGAACGAGUUUCGGAAGCUGUUAGUUAAGAAUUGAAUAAUACGUUCUUACAAUUAUUGUAUUUGAUCCAGUAUGGAUAAAUAAAGUAAAAUAAAUAUUACUGA